AUGUUGUACAUUCCCAAUUCAAAAUGGACAUGGUGCUUUGUCCUUGUGACAACUAUCCAAGCAGCAUGCAUUCUAGCAUUUGAAUCAUAUGUUUUUGCUCGAUUCCAGACUCAGCUCAAGGGCAACGCAUCUACCCAAACGCAAUCGAAAACGAUACCUACCUUCUUGACCCUUUACAUCUUUGGAUUCGUCUAUGAACUGGUCCUUGUCUACGAUGCCUUGAGACUGAAAAACACUAUCCAGGUCAUUGGACUGUGUGUCUGCAAUCUAGGCUUACUUGUCUACGGUGCCGUUCAAACAGACCAAAUAAAGGAUGCAAUCGGUGCUCUGAGCAGCAUAGGAAACAUCGAUGGCGCCGUUUGGGGCGAGAUGAGACCCUUCCUGAUUGCAAUCCCAUGCAUCAUUGGCUUCGGCACUGCACUCAUGGCAUUUUUGGCCUGGAAGCUCUACGACGAGUUCGCAUGGACCAUCUACAAGCAUAUUAGUGCCGACUUACGAAUGAAACGCCGAUACUUAACAUACCAGAUUUAUAUUGCUUUGUUAAAAUUUGAUUUUUUCUUUUUCUUGGGAUUUACCGUGCAAUUUGUCGUGAUCGUUACAGAAAAAGCGACAGUUGAAUUUGCUUUGACUUUAGCCGCCAUUCCGGUCACCAUCAUCAUACUGAUCAUGGCCGCGUUCUGGACUCGACGGGAGAACACCCCAGGAAUGGUGGUUAUUAUCCUUCUUUACUUUGGAGGCCUUGCUUAUUUCCUCUUCAAACUCGUUCGAAUGUACUCGCCGGCGCGCGAAAGGGCGUAUUUGCCCGCUCGACGAUCCUUGACCUUUUUUGCAGUCAUUACGAUCAUUUUGAUUAUCAUGACCAUUGUUAAUGCUAUAGUUUGCACCUUUAACUUUAACAAGGGCCUGAAACCGCAUCUUUCUAGCAAGAGGUCGAAGCGGGACGACGAGAAGGGGCAUGGCACCGAGAUGCAUGGGCGACUAUCCCGCGCACCAGUCACGAGCCGUAUGACAAUUGACUAG